UCUACAUCCGGGGACUCGCAUCAUGUGUUAUUUGGAUAUCACAUUAGCAUAAGGGAUAUUCCUUUAUAUCAUAAAAAAGUUUAAAAAAGAAAAUAGAACAUUAUUGAAAUCAUGAAAACAUUACAAUUAUUUUAUACAGUACUUGUUUUCAGUAUCUUAACAAGUAAAACGGCUGAUGCUGUUUUACCGGUGCUGCCGAUUCUAGGGACAGCAAUGGAUGUAAUAUCGUUUGGAUUAGAUGUUCACUCCUUUUUUGACUCUAUCUUAGGAGAUGAUGAAACACAGAGUACCCCGGCACCUGUAGAUUAUGACAGGAUAAUCAACAGAAUUUCUGAGAGAAUAGAAAUGUCAACAGAAACCAUUGUUUUUAAAAUUGAGCUGCAGGCGUAUAUCUCGGAAUUACGUACCGUUGCUCUUACUGUCAAACAACUUCUUGCAGAGAUGGAGGACAUUAUCAAAGCUAAAAGUAAAGACACAAGAGAAGAGUUGCAGAGACGAUUUCGCGAUAAUUUUGAGAGGCAUAAAACUGAAAUGUAUAAAGUUAAAAGCCUGUUAACGUUCAGCGUCGACGUAUCGGGAAUAUCAAAUACAUUGCUUUCACUCAUUGCCAACGAAUUAAAAUGCGGGAUGACUAGUCUAGAGGAGUUUCAAAAUUAUUAUAUGACACUGGUUUCGGAUGUAGUGGCAUUGGCUCUAUUAAAUGAAAGACUCUCAGAGAAAAGUCUUUAUAAUCAAACUCUUUCUUCUUGGCGAACGGCAAUAGAAUCUCUUUUUGAUGACAUGAAAGUACAGAAAAACGAAUGUAAAGGAAAAUUCUUUGAAUUAGUAACGGAAGACUUCAGCCUCAUCAAUGACCCCUCGAAACUUUUUGAAAAUAACCAAAAUAGAUACCCGUACCGUGAAACAGACGUUCUUUAUCUCAGCGGAAGUUAUUGUGUGUGGAGUCUAAAAGCUUAUGAUAAAAUAUUAAAGAAGGUGAAAGACAAUACUAUGACUUUUGUUUUAAUAAGUGGUGAGGACAAUGCGCAAUCUAUAACAUCAGAGCAGUUUCAGAAAAUUGUAUCAGAGGCAAAAUUUGGGAACUGUAUUAACGAUAUUGGCAAGAUCAUAUCUUUCUAUGAUGUUUUAGGCAAAGAUCUAGUCUUUUGGCUAAUGUAUCCGCAAGAACAGGCUGCCGGUUUCCAGAUUUUUCUCGAUCAAAAUUCAACUGCGAGGACAAUAACCACUGAAUCAGAGGGCACCAAAUACACGACAAUUGUUUACCUACGUGCGCAGGAACCCGGUACCAAUUCAACCCUCACUACUAGUGAUUUUGAUGUAAAAUUUCACGAAGAGGCUGUGUCAGUUGAUGAAUCGUCUGGUCUAAAGACAUGGCAGCUGGGCGUUAUAAUCGGAGGUUCAGUUCUUGUGGUCAUAAUUUUAAUUGUAAUUCUUUGCAAAUGCUGUUGUCGUCGUCGAUAUUAACUGUAUGGCUUAAAAUUGUCAUAUUUGAGACUUUAAUAACAAUUUAUGAAAUGUUUUAUUAAAGAGGUUAUGACCCAGCUCUGAAAUUUGGAGAAAACAGCGGGCUGUCCAGAUGUUUAGCUCCUAUCGUGGCGGUUAUAGAAAAUAGCAACGUUUUGGAUGCCUGACUUUGGUGCAAAUUUCUCUGGUGGUUUGCUUGUUCAUAUCAUGCUGGCUCCUUUCAUCGUAAUUGGAAUGCACAUUACUUUUCAAUGGUCCCUUUUUUAUUUUAUAUUCGUCAUUUUAUCACAUAUCUAAUAUGCUUUUGAUGUAUAACUGACAGUGUGUUAUCAUUAUAAUUGCAUGCAUAUAAAGAAUUAUAUGAGAUAUAUAUUAUACCGAGUGGUUUGAAAAUACAAUACUUUCACGAGUGGCGUGAUGUAAGAUAUAGAAUUUCUUUUUGUUUCAGUGUGAUAAAGAAUUUUUCUAUAUACCUAUAUAAUUUCUGUCAAAUAAAUCAACUUGUAUUUCACAAUUGAAUAUGGACAGGCAGACAAAAAUUAUUAUUACACCUUUUUAAAUUUAGCAUUGUACCUUUUGUAUUGUAUGCUGCCGGACUACUUUCAUUAAUAUGCAUGACCCUGGCACAGUUCUAUAAAUAGCGUACACAAAACCUUCACUUAGUUCCAUUUCAAUAUCGAUAAACAUUGAAGAUUCAAUAACAAAACAAUAAAUGUAGAGGUAUAUAAUAUAAGGGUCAUUAUAACAGUAGUUAGAUCUGGAACUUUGUAUUCUGCUCUCGUGGAUUUUGCUAGUCGGAUAACACGGCGCUUACGUACUGAAUACAGCAUCCCAGAUCGAGCUACCAUUAUAAUAACCCUUUUAAACGUAGAAGCCGAUGUAAUCGGAAUGCACAUUACUUUUUAAUGGUCCCUUUUUAUUUUGUAUUCAGUAAUUGUCAUUUUAUCACAUACUGAAGGAUUUGUGUUUGUUUCAGUAGUAAGAAGAUACAAUAUUUUCACGAGUAGCAUUAUGUAAGUAAUAGAAACUUUUUAUUUGUUUCAAUGUGAUAAAGAAAUGUAUCGUCACCGAUAAAGGAGACGAUUUAAUAUUAUCACGAGGGCGAAUCCCCUGUUUUCUCGCGGUAACACAACUUCUUAACUUUUGUGUAUGCUGUGAUGUGACGAAGGAAUAUAUUUUCUAUUUUUACAAGAUGCAUUCAAUGUACCAACACUUGUUGACUUGUGAGUAUGUCAUGUUAGCUUUUUAACAUAUAAUAAUUUAAUAUUAAAUUAAGCCUGGAUUGUAUAUAAUAUAAAGAUAUCAUUGUG